AAAAACUUCAGCAUCUUGCAAGAAAAGUUAUCUGAACAUGAUCACAAUAAAAUAAACAAUAUAGCACCAAUCGGGCUAAAUUUUCUCGUGGAUUUUCUUGUUUCUGGAAAUUAUAUAUAAGUACAAUUUCAAUUGCAACAGAACUCGUUAACUAACUGUUUCAUCAAUAAAAUUAUUGCACAAAUAGUUCAUCCAACAAGGCUUAUCUAUGGCACAUUAUGGGGAUCACAGAGGAGGGACUAAUUGGACAAGUUCAGUCAAUUCGGUAUAUGAAGAUAUUGAACCUUCCUAUGGCUGGGUAGGGGAUACGGAAAACCAUUAUCUGAUUAUUCAUCUCCCCGGGUUCAAAAGGGAGGAGGUGAAGCUUGAAGUUGAUAUAUUUGACAAUAUAAUAGUAAGUGGAGAAAGGAAGGUGAGCGAAUACAAAUCUAUUCGCUUUCAAAAAUCAAUGAAAGCACCUGAAAAAUCAAAAUCUGAGGAUACCAGCGCAAGGCUUGAAGACGGGAAUUUGUAUGUCAUAAUCCCGAAAGAGUCAUCACCAGAAAAUAAUGAGCGCGACGAGGCAGCAAUUGCUAGCUCUGAUCACAAAGAGAAUCAACAAAAGGAAAAGGAGGAAAUAGAAAGUUCGAAAGGAGAUGAAACAGAUCAAAAAGAAAAUGACAAGGAGGGUAUGAGUGAGGACGACGAAGAAUUUCAUGAUGCGAAAAUGGCGAAGAAGUGGCACGAGGGAGCUCUAGUAACAGCAGGAAAAGAAAUUCUGUGGAAGAACAAAACGAUUGUAAUUACAGCAGUGUUGGCAUUUUCGUUUGGGGUAUUCGUAUCUCAAAAAUGUCAGUCCAAGUAAAAUCAAUUGAAGCUAUGUGACUACUAUUUCUCCCAUCAUCGCGGUGAUCAAUAAUUUAAUUAUUAUGUACUGAACAUAUUCAACGUGCAGUGAACGUCAAUGACAAAAGACAUCGGUUAGGGGUGAGCAAAAUUGAACCACACCAAAUAGCACCAAAUCGCAAUUUGAGUUAACUCAUAAAAAAACCUGAUUAAUGGUUUGGUGUUGGAAAAAAUAAAAUUCUACUAUAGUUGGUUUGAUUUGGUAUCAACUAAAAAAAGUCAAACCGAAUCGAACCAAUCCGAUGUUACAUUUGUACCGUUUUUAAAAAUAUUUACUAUUAUGAAAUUUAUAAAUAUUUC